AUAACGGUUUCAGUCGCUCGGGUAUAAAGGGAGGUAGACGUGCAGACAUUGAUCAACUCGGAUUGAUCUCAAUACCUCCACAAUGGAGAACAUGAUCGGAGACUGGACAUUGGUGCCUGAACUGACCACUGGCCAUGAUGAUUUCGCUGAAGCUAUGGGUAUGACUGACGAAGAAAGUGAGAUGACCCGCAACUUCGACUACAGCUUCCAUCUUUCACGUGACGUAGGCGAGUGGCACAUAAAAGUCUGCCAUGGCCAGAUGGGAACAUUGGUUGACACGAAGUUCCAACCAAACGUGCCCUUCACCUACAUGUUGCCGGAUCAGGUUACCAAGCUUACGGAUGUUGUUACGGAACAGAACGGUCAUCUCAUUGAGAAGAUGACGUCAGACCAGGGCGGUGUCAUCACCCAAUGGGAUGUCGACACGUAUCGAGACGGAGACUUCCUCGUCAUGGUUCAAACCAAGGACGGCAAGUCCAAGACACAAAAACUGAGACGACAGUGAUGAAAUCCAUCGUCCCCUCCGUCACUACAAAAUUGUUGAUGCGACGUAAAACAGUUUUCACUCACUCACCCCUCCGUCACUAAUCCCCACCUUGUGUACCGGAGACACAACGACGAUUUGAAACCAAUCAUUUAAUUUUGUGUUGACUAACAUUUUCAAUUUGUGUAGGUUAUUUCUUAAUUACAAGUAUAACCAAAAACAAUUUCUUCAGUGAAUCCAUAUUGCGAAUACAAAGCAUUGUAUAUUAUGUUGACAAUCACUAGUCAAUACCCACACUGCAAUAAUUACUGCACCAACAUGGCACCUUGUUGUACCGGCAUUAAUGAAGGAAUUCAACACAAAAGUAAAAGUAAAGAGACGUGAUAAACAUAUUCAGUCGACAUUAAUAGAUAUUUC